CCGGCCGGUGCCUAGAGUCCGGUUGUCGUUGUGGGGGAGCCGGGGACGCGCCAUGGGGGCCACGGGCGACGCCGAGCAGCCGCGGGGACCCGGUGGGGCCGAACGGGGCGGCCCCGAACUCGGAGACGCAGCGGGGCAGCUGGUUCUCACGAACCCAUGGAACAUAAUGAUAAAGCAUCGGCAGGUGCAGCGAAGGGGCCGCCGCUCCCAGAUGACCACAAGUUUCACAGAUCCUGCCAUCUCCAUGGACCUUCUCCGGGCUGUCUUGCAACCCAGCAUCAAUGAGGAGAUCCAGACUGUCUUCAACAAGUACAUGAAGUUCUUCCAGAAGGCGGCCCUGAAUGUUCGUGACAACAUCGGAGAGGAAGUGGAUGCAGAGCAGCUGAUCCAGGAGGCCUGUCGGAGCUGCUUAGAGCAGGCUAAACUCCUGUUUUCUGAUGGAGAAAAAGUGGUACCCAGAUUGGCCCAUGAGCUUCCUGGGAUAAAGCGUGGCCGUCAGGCAGAAGAGGAAUGUGCCCUUCGGGGGAGCCCCAUUCCCAAAAAGAGGAAGGGACGGCCACCUGGACACAUCCUGUCAAAUGACCGGGCAGCCGCCGGCAUGGUAUGGAAACCCAAAUCCUGUGAACCAAUUCGCCGAGAAGGCCCCAAGUGGGACCCUGCACGGCUGACUGAGUCGACAACCUUUGUGCUGGGAUCACGAGCCAAUAAGGCCCUAGGGAUGGGGGGCACCAGAGGGAGAAUCUACAUCAAGCACCCACACCUCUUUAAGUAUGCAGCUGAUCCCCAGGACAAGCACUGGCUGGCCGAGCAGCAUCACAUGAGGGCUACUGGGGGGAAGAUGGCCUACCUCCUCAUUGAGGAGGAUAUUCGGGACCUUGCUGCCAGUGAUGACUACAGAGGAUGCCUGGACCUGAAAUUAGAGGAGCUGAAAUCCUUUGUCCUGCCCCCCUGGAUGGUAGAGAAGAUGCGGAAGUACAUGGAGACACUACGGACAGAGAAUGAGCAUCGAGCUAAUGAAGUGCCACCACAGACCUGAAGCCUGGUCACCAGGCCACAGUGGCAGCCCCCCCUCCAAGACUCUCCUAUCUGCAGAGCCAACGCCUCUGCUAGGACUGCUCCUCCAUGGAUCUCAGUGGCAUUAAGCUGUGCCUGGGCCAGUCUGUAGUGAGUCAUUACAGAGCACCCAGACUGGCAUGUAGUUCUUUAUUUGUAAAUUUGUUGAGAUAAUAAACAAUUAAACAGUUUGUAAUAAAGACA